GCUAGAAAGCCUGUAGUUUCUGGAUACAGAUGGGAUGAUAUUCCUUCUCAAGUUUAUCCUGUUAUUUCUUUAGGUUGUAGUAGUGAAUUGCGUAUAGAACCUGUAUCAACACGUAUAUAA